UUCGCCUGCCUAGAAUUACAGCCGGGUCAAACUCGUUUCGCAAAAUAAUUAGCGCAUGCUUGGCACUUCCGCCGGGUCAAAUAUGAGUCAUUAAAUGACUCCCGCCUCCAGGUGGUAGAGGGCGCUAGUGAUCCUUCUUGCGACUACCAGUACUGCAGGAGACAGGUACUGCAGAAGAAGACAACAAGCAGCAAGCAUGCAGCAAUUGUUUGCUUGCACUUUUAACAUGGAGGAUUACAUAUCUAAAAUAAAACCGUUUUCUAAACUGGACUUUCAAUCGAAGCAGGAGGUAAUAAUUAAAGGAAUAUCUCCAGAGACUUUUAAAAUUGAAGAAAGAUGAGAAAGACUGCCUUUGAUCAGAAGCAGCUGCACAUGGACCCAUCUACAAGUAAAGAAUGGCUAGCAAGAAUAGCACCCUGCGCUGCACAUUUUCAGCCCCCAGCCACAGUGCCACCCUCCUCCAGGGCUUGUCGGUAUUGCGGUCUCAAGGGCAACUUCUUGAUGUGGUGCUGGCCGUCAAUGAGGAGCGUUUCCAGGUCCACAAAGCUGUGCUGGCCGCUUGUAGUGAUUACUUCAGAGCCAUGUUCACUGGAGGCAUGAAGGAAUCAAAUCAAAAUGCUAUUGAGCUGAAAGGUCUGUCCGCCCGAGGGCUGAAGCAUAUUAUAGACUUUGCUUACAGUGCAGAAGUCACUUUAGACUUGGACUGUAUUCAGGAUGUCCUUGGAGCAGCUGUCUUCCUCCAGAUGGACCCUGUUGUGGAGCUCUGUGAGGAGUUCCUCCAGUCAGCGAUGAGUGUCAAGACAUGCCUGCACAUCGAUAAGAUGGCCACCACCUUCAGCUUGUCUUCCCUCAAGGCGUCGGUGGAUGCCUUCACUUUUCGCCACUUUCUCCAAAUAGCCGAGGAGGACGACUUUCUGCACAUUCCCCUGGAGCGCCUCAUCUUCUUUCUGCAGAGCAACAAGCUGAAGAACUGCAGCGAGAUCGAUCUCUUCCAUGCUGCUAUCCGAUGGCUCCAACACGACGAGUCUCGCCGGGCGGACGCCAGCGACGUCCUCCGCCACGUGCGCUUCCCACUCAUGCGUUCGUCCGAGCUGGUGGACAGCGUUCAGACGGUAGACAUCAUGGUGGAGGAUGUGCUGUGCCGUCAGUACCUCCUAGAGGCCUUCAAUUACCAGAUUCUUCCAUUCCGGCAGCACGAAAUGCAGUCGCCGCGCACGCGCAUCCGUUCUGAUGUGGUGUCUUUCAUCACCUUCGGCGGCACCCCGUACACUGACAACGAUCGCACAGUGACCACCAAGGUGUAUUAUCUCCCUGACAUUGCUUCUCGCCAGUUCAAGGAGUUGACGGAGAUGGACACGGGGUGCAGUCACGCCUGUGUCGCCGUGCUCGAUAACUUUGUAUACAUUGUCGGCGGGCAGCAUUUACAGUUUCGUAGCGGUGAAGGGGCCGUGGUCAGCUGUUUGCGCUUUGAUCCGCACUUGAACCAGUGGCUGCGCAUCCAUCCGAUGCAGGAGCCCCGGAUCCAGUUUCAAGUCAGUGUCUUGAACGGGAAGAUUUAUGCCACUGGAGGGCGUAAUCGAUCCGGCAGUCUAUCAUCUGUAGAGCGUUACUGCCCAAAGAAAAAUGAGUGGACUUUUGUGGAGCCUUUAAAACGCAGGAUUUGGGGUCAUGCAGCGACUCCCUGUGGAGAAAAGCUAUAUAUCUCAGGGGGUUAUGGCGUCUCUUUAGACGACAAGAAAACUCUUCACUGUUACGACCCAGAGGCCGACCAGUGGAACUUCAGAGCUCCCAUGAAUGAGCCUAGAGUGCUGCAUGCCAUGAUCUGCAGUGAGGAUCGGGUCUAUGCUCUAGGUGGGCGCAUGGACCAUGUGGACCGUUGUUUUGACGUGCUAGCGGUGGAGUAUUACAAUCCGCAGAGUGACCAGUGGACCACUGUGAGCCCCAUGAGAGCAGGGCAGUCUGAGGCUGGCUGCUGCUUACUGGACAAAAAGAUCUACGUCGUCGGAGGGUAUAACUGGCACCUGAACAACGUCACUAGCAUUGUACAGGUGUACAACACAGAGACAGAUGAGUGGGAGAGAGAUUUGCACUUCCCUGAAUCAUUUGCCGGGAUUACUUGCACACCAGUUGUACUUCCACAGACACAUGUGGAAUAUCUGACCUCUUGGCUGUGAAGACUUCGCUCUGGUUCUCUUUUCGUGUGAUUCCAUCAACAUCACAAGGUACUUUAGUUUUCCGCCUUCAAAUUGACCACGGGACAUUUUAUUAUUAUGUGGCGUUCCAUAGAAAUGAGCAUAUUUGUGUCUGAAAGCCUGUUAAGCAAGGGUUUAUGACACUUCUAUACAAUACUUUAGUGUUUGUGUAUCACAUGUACAGGUUAAACAAUACAAAGAAAAAAUAUAUAUAUAUAUUGUGCAAAGGUGCUCGGUCCGUGUACCUUCCGUUCAUUCUAUUUCCAAUUCUUAAAAGCAAAUCAAAAAACUAAAUUAGAGCCGUUUUUCGAUUUUUAUUAUAUAGGGCAGAUUUUAAAACAAAUAAAAAAAGGGUUGAUUUUCAUUAAAAUAUUGCAAUAAAAUUUGAUUUUUGUGCUGUUUUCCUUUUGUGAAUUUUUAUUUUUCCAGAUAAACGCAAAAAUUGAAUAUAUGUUCAUCCAAAAUGCAAACAUGAGUGGUUAUCUGUGUGAUGAAAAAUUGAACCGGAAGCAGUAUUUUAGCUUUUUCUUUGCGUUUAGCAUGUUUUUAGCAUAAAGCUAACACCUUUGUUCAGCAGGAGUCCUAUUGUCGUUUUAAAAAAAGUGUCAUUAAAUAACUUUUGUUUCAGAAAUAAAAAUAUAAAAAAAUGGUCCGAAAUGUGUUUUUUGAUUUGCAUUUAAGAAUUGGAAAUGGAAUGAACGGAAAGUACACAGACCUAAAAUACUGCUUCCGGUUCUAUUUGUCAUCACACAGAUAAACAAGCAUCUCUGCAUUUUGGAUGAACAUAUAUUCGAUUUUUGUGUUUAUCUGGAAAAAUAAAAAUCCAUAAAAGUAAAACAGCACAAAAUCCAAUUUUAUGGCAAUAUUUUAAUGAAAAUCAAUACUUUUUUGUUAGUUUGUUUUAAAAUCUGCCAUAUAUAGUAAAAAUCGAAAAACGGCCCUAAUUUUAUUUGAUUUGCGUUUCAGAAUUGGAAAUUGAAUGCACGGAAGGUACACGGACCCAAUUCAAGAUGUUUCAAGCUUACAUUUGACAUAAUUUUGAUGAUGAUGACUCAAAGCUUAUGACAAUUUGAGUUUUCAAAAACUAAGCCAUAGUCAUCAAAAUUAUAACAAAUAAAGGCUGGGCAUUCCCCACUUAGAAUGUAAUAAGUUAAUAUCACAUAUUAUGGUAAAUGGGUUAUACUUGAAUAGCACUUUUCUACCUUCAAGGUACUCAACGCGCUUUGACACUAUUUCCACAUUCACCCAUUC